AUGUGGCUCGACCGCUUCUCGGCGCAUUCAACGCCCUCUGCAACACCACCACCACAGGGCAGAUCAUACUCGCCGGCUCCGAGACGACCAUAUCUAACUCCUGGUGCUGCCCUGCCGCGGUCGGGGACCAAUCCAAGGUCGGCGUCUCUGCUUUCGCUUGCUUCCUCAGCUUCAUCGACUACAGACCUUAUAACUGCGCGGAUACCGAAUGGCUCAGCUCUAAGAAAUCAAGUGUACGCGGCGCCUCCUGACGAUGUCCCUGAUCCGGUGCAGGUAUUGGAAAGCAUUAUUGGUGUGCCGCUAAAGAAGAAGGAGCUCGAACCAGGUGACGAAGAUGGGGAGCUGUCCAUCAUCAGGCCCCCAGGAUUAGUAGAGGAUGUCGAUUUCGAUGGACUAAGCUUGGAAGCGUUUUUGGAAGCGGAUGGAGGCGAUCUACGAACGCGGCAUCCCACCAAUACACAUAUACAUAGCGCACAAUCGAUAGAUGAGUACGACAAGGAGAAAGACAAAUUCGAGGACCUGCACCGGUCAAUACUGGCCUGCGAUGAAGUCCUCAAGUCUGUCGAGACGUACUUAACUGGCUUCCAGUCAGACUUAGGUGCUGUCUCCGCUGAGAUUGAGACCUUGCAAUCGCGGUCAACCUCACUCAACACAAAGCUGGAGAACCGAAGGGUAGUCGAGAAGCUGCUUGGUCCUGCUCUCGAAGAAUUUAGCAUCUCCCCAGCUGUUGUGCAAAAGAUUGCCGAAGGACCAAUCGACGAAGGAUGGAUAGAAGCUCUAGCGGAAUUGGAGAAGCGUUCGAAAGCGAUCAAGGCCAAGUCCCAGGAGCAGAGGAAAAUUAAGGCCGUAGAAGACUUGAAGCCACUGUUGGAUGAUUUGACCAACAAGGCUGUGGAGCGAAUACGUGACUACUUGGUAGCCCAGAUCAAGGCAAUCCGCUCACCAAGCAUUAACGCUCAAACCAUCCAACAGGAAGCUUUUGCAAAGUACAAAGAGCUAUUUGCAUUCCUUGCCAAGCAUCAAUCACAACUGGCGGAGGAGAUUAUCCAAGCCUACAUUAACACUAUGCGCUGGUAUUACCUCCACAACUUCACACGCUACCGAGACGCCCUCUCGAAACUCAAGCUUCACGUUAUCGACAAGCACGAUGUCCUCGCGCACGAUGACUCCAAUGUCAAGAGAGGCGGCAGCACUAUCCUCGGCUCAAACAGAGUACCGGUCGCCCCCCAUGAUGCCUUCUCGAUAGGUCGACGCCUCGAUAUUCUCAAAAACCCGUCAAAAGGGGCACUGACGUCUUACGUCGCCGAAGAAGACAAAAGCACACACUACCUCGAGACACCCUUCCGCGCCUUCAACCUCGCCCUCAUCGACAACGCCUCCUUUGAGUACACCUUUCUCAAUAAUUUCCUCUCCCCCUCACAAAGCUUCCACGCCAUAUCGAGGAACUUCUAUUCCAUCUUCUCCCCCACCUUCUCUCUCGCCGAGAGCCUCACUAGGUCACUCAUUGACACCACCGUUGACGCUCUCGGCAUCCUCCUCUGCGUGCGGCUGAACCAACAUUUUGCAUUCGAGCUGCAGCGGCGCAAGGUGCCUGCAGUCGAAGGUUACAUCAACGCUACUAACAUGCUGCUCUGGCCGCGCUUCCAGAUCGUCAUGGAUCUCCACUGCGACAGCCUUCGGCGGGCCACCUCUUCUCUCCCCGGCCGACCCGCCGCCUCUAGCAUACUAACCUCCUCUCCUGCCUCGUCGCAGUCAACGGCGCCGCAUCCACUGACCCAGCGCUUUGCGAACUUCAUGCAUGGUAUCCUGGCGCUGAGCUCGGAGGCGGGCGAUGAUGAGCCCGUGAGCAACAGUCUGGGGCGGCUGAGGGCGGAGUUUGAAGCCUACUUGACGAAGUUGAGUAAGGGGAUCGGGGAUCAGAGGAAGAGGGAGAGGUUCUUGGAGAACAACUAUUCGCUUGUUGCUACCAUUGUUGCGGACGCGGAUGGGAAGUUGGCGGAGGAGAUGAAACGUCAUUUUGGGCAGCUGAAGGAUGCCUUUAAGACUUAG